GGUCUCGGAGUCCGGGGCAGUGUUCUCGCGAGACCUUCUACACGGAGGCGGCCAUCUUAGUGUUGCGGACGGGGGUCAUUGGGGCGCAGCGGGUCGCGUUCCUGGAGUCAUCAUGAUGCUGUCUCGCUUGGCCUUGCGUGCCCUGGCCCCGGCCACCCUGAAGACCUUGGCACCCUCUCUCUCCGUGGGAGUGGUACAUGUCUCAAGAUCACUUCACGCAAGUCAGCAGCACUUGGCUCCUGUGCCACCACUGCCAGAGACUGGAGGAAAAGUCCGUCUUGGAGUAAUCCCUGAAGAGUUCUUUCAGUUCUUGUACCCUAAAACAGGAGUUACAGGUCCCUAUAUGCUUGGAACUGGGCUUCUGCUCUAUCUUCUUUCUAAGGAAAUUUAUGUAAUUAACCAUGAAACCAUAGCUGGAAUCUCUAUUGUGGGAAUAAUCAUCUAUGUUGUUAAGAAGUUCGGUGCUGAUGUAGCAGCUUUUGCUGACAAACUCAAUGAGGAAGAAAUGGCUUCACUGGUGGAGAUGAAAGAGAGUUCAAUAAACCACUUUGAGAAGGCAAUUGAAAAUGAGAAGAAAGAGCAGUGGAGGGUUGAAGGUCGCCACUUCCUCUUUGAUGCAAAGCGGAACAAUGUUGCUGUGAUAUUGGAGACCAACUACAGGGAGCGACUCCUCAAUGUAUACAAUCAAGUGAAGAAACGGCUAGACUACCAACUGGCUAUCCAGCAUCUCAGGCGACGUAUGGAGCAAGAUCAUAUGAUCAACUGGGUAGAGCGAAGCGUUAGGCAGAGUAUCACAGCCCAGCAGGAGAAGGAGAGCAUUGCCAAGUGCAUCGCGGACCUGAAAGUGCUGUCGAAAUCUGCACAGGCAGCUGUCUGAAUACUUGUGAUGUGUUAAGUCCUGUGACUGAAAUGCUUAAUUAAAAUGUCUGCACUCCUGUGCUUUUCUCUCUGA